AUGGCCAGAAUAGCCAGAGAAUACAAGCACAUCCAGGCCACUUUAGGAAGUGAAUCGAGUCUUGUGGUGUCUUUGGAGCCUAUAGAUGGUGAUUUAUCGCGUUGGGCUGGCGAGAUAAGAGGUCCCACAGGCACACCUUAUGAAGGUCAUACGUUCUCACUUAGGCUGGUUUUAGGUGACAGGUAUCCUACUACUCCUCCUCAAGUAACCUUCGCCCGUCGAUCAAUGCCCCAUUGUAAUGUUAAUUACGAAACUGGUAGCAUUUGUCUAAAUAUUUUGACUCCAGAGCAUUGGUCACCGGCAUGGGACCUGCUACACGUCCUGGAAGCUAUAAUACAACUACUCAGUGAUCCUGAACCAGAUUCACCACUGGACAUUGAUCUGGCCAACAUCCUUCGAGCACAGGACCGCUCAGCGUACUACGGACUCGUGAAUUACUACCUCCAAAGUUAA